AUGGACUACCGACGGCUACAGCACUCAUAUCCGCCACGGCCAUCGCCUCUGGGGGCCUCGCAAGAAUCUCGCUCUGAUCAACCACGACAGUUCGCGCCCUUUUCUCACGAGUCCCGUGGUCAACUCGAGACCGACAACCAUCGCCCGUACCAUCCCCCCUCUUCGACCACGACCUCUUCCCCCUCGCAGAUCUACCAAACAGCCGCUUCGCGGACGUCACAUGCUUCUCAACGCGGAGACGCCCCCAGCGCAUACUUUUCCUCGAGGAACGGCCCGACACAAUCACACCGUCGCCACGGGAGUUUGGAGACGAGGAGCCAUGAACAAACACAUCGCAGGAAUAAUUCCCAGCCACAGGCUGUUCGAUACAGGGAAGGGAUCCUGGGUGCUUCCGUUAUGAAUCACACGCCCUCACAACCCGAACCAGCGCGUCGUACUUCCCAGGGCAGCAGUGGAAGUUCCGGCAUACCUGGUGAGCACCCGAUUUGGGCCCGAGAGCCCGUGCAACCGUCCUUGUCGCGACACAUUGAAUGCGUCACUCAUCCGAUCGGGACAUGCGCGGUCAUCGUGGAAUCUUUUGGCUAUCACCACAACCACUUGCUAACCUUGUCCCGUAUGAUAGGUCCGAGCGAACAGUCCGCACCUCCCGCGUUUGGCAGUCGCCAAAUGCCACCCCCGUCCCCUCCAUACUCCUAUUCCUCGCGAGCCCAAUCAGCCCACGCGUCUGCAGGUUCUCUGAUGUCGCGUGAUGUACCUAGCAGCCAGGCGCACCGACCCGGCAGUAGUAUGUCUAUUUCUGCUAUGUUAGGAUCCGAUCCGCGAGAGCCUGCGCGAGAAACUGCGCCUUUCUUUUCGCGACCACCCGCAUCAUCGAUAUUCGGUAACGCGCCGCCGUCAUCAUCAUCUGCGGCUAUGUCUCCGCCGACUGCCCCGGCAAGACCCUCGCCGCUCGACAACUCUGUAUUGCGCCGCUCACAUACUCCAGAGAAACCGUUCUCCAAACCCCAAGGCGCACGUACAUACCGGUCGGGGUCUGGUGGAGGAGGUUCGAGCCUUUUGAGCGGCGAGCAAUCAGUAUUCGGGGGCUUGACACGCUCGGCGCUUUCACAGUAUCCUGAAAAGCCGCACUCGACGCAUCCUUCGCCUCGAAUCUCCACGGCUGAACCACCGUUCAGCGAACCUCGUCGCAUGAGUCUCAACGGACCGAUCGCUCGGCCCAGCAGCCAACCCCCACAUGCUGACGCACCCACACGGCCCCCUGGCUACAGUCCGAUCUCUCAGCCAGGUGGAGGGGCGGCAGAUCGCGCCUUUGAGCCUGGCCCUCGGCCUGCAUCUGGGUCGUACGGUGCUCAGGAGCCACAGCAUGGUCGGUUUGGAAACAUAUUUGGUGAGCGUCGCUCCGAGGAAACUGCACAGCGGGAUCGAGAGCGUGCGUCAACUCAUGGGCCCGAUCCUAAGGCGUCCCAGCCUGGGUCAUAUCGCUACGGUUCUCACUACGGUGAACGCGAACCCAUUGAACGUCCUCAGAGUGGCUCUACUUGGGAUCACGGUCGCUCUCAACCUCCGUCGCCGGAAAGCAAGCGCCUCCUUGCGCCAGAGCAUGGAUCGGCCUUCGGGUUCGGGGCCAUUCAAAUCACGAAACAAUCAACCAACCCCCCGCCUCACGAUCCAUAUCUGAGGCACCAAACCCAACCCCCUCGUUUGGGCUCAACCCCAGCUAUCACCGCAUCAACCGCUGCUGCAUCAUCUGGCCUGGCAGCGCUGGCUGAUGAGGGACGACGCAAGGGAAGUGACGAGCUACUCCAUCACCGCAGCCUUCUUGCUGUGGGCGCGGAUGGUAAGCGUGGCGGCCGUGCCUCGCCGCUUCCUCAAGCCGUCCAAGGCGCUCAAGCUCCAUUCAUCGGUCCUGCUGGAGAGCCAGCGAUCAAGAAUGAACUGGGGCGCGUAUUCUCCGGCAUUGGAAGUGGUGUCGGUGGCGUAACUGCAGCUACUGGUGGCAGCGGCCCUUCCACGCCGUUGGGCACAAGUCCGUUUAAACGCGAUAGCCUCACUGGUCGCUCGAUAAAUGGGGAUGGCACGGAUGAUGCAUCCAAGGUUCCUCGGCCAUCCUCCACAAACGGCAGACGGUCGAGAAAGUCACGAGACGAAGAGCAGAUGGAAAUCGAGGCCAAUGACACUCGCGGCAUACUAUCAGCACGUAAUGCCCGUCGCUCUCGGCAUUCCCACCACCAUCACCAUCACCACCACCACCACCGUCAUAAGGCAGAUGAAGACGCAGCUACUCUGAGUUCCCUUCAACGUCCUACGAAUUUCUUCCACCGAAUAUCCCCAGCAGAUCCCUCUGCCGGACACCACCACCAUCAACAUCAACAUCACCAUCACCAUCAUCACCAUCCACCUCGACCAGCUGCCAUUCCAGCUGCAUCUCCAAUUCGCGAGCCUCGUACCACCGUGAAUCUGGAGCCGCUGUUGUCCAGCGUUGCCCAUCUUCCUCGACAGCAUCUCGGCUCGACGCUCUACACGCCUCGAGUGGGUACUCCCACUGCCAAUUCUUCCACGGAAAGCUCCAAGUUUGGAUAUACCACAACCCCCCAACCUCUACCCCGCUUCGAGAAACGCGAGAAUUGCACCUUUACUGUUCGCGUUCCGCGCUUCCGAAUCGAUCAUUCUCAUCGGGAGGAAAUUUGUGCCCGACGUGCCCUAUGGGGCACUGGCGUCUAUACAGACGACUCGGACCCCGUCGCCGCUGCCAUUCACUCCGGCUUCAUCCGCGGUGCAUGGGGUGACGACGUGGACGAGUCGAUGCUCGAUCUCGAGAUUAAAGAUACCUAUCAGCACGCGCCUCCACCGCCCGAGACCACUUCCGAGGGCACUCAGGCUGAUACCCCUGCCAAGGGCCCCCGUCUUCCGCCGAUACCUCCCGCCGACAAGGACCUGCACAUCACUCUGCUGGUUCUCCCCCGUAUCGCUCAAUACGACACUACCCUGAUGUUUGGCCUGAAAUCCCGCAAAUGGGAUGGUCGUCACGAUGGCAUGAGUUUCAAAAUCCAUGCCGUGGACUGGGUGGACGAGGGUGUCGGUCGCGGCGAAGAACGCAGCGGCGAGGCCCGUCGCAAACGUCUCCGCACGCUCAUGCAGACCGGUCGCAUCUGUACUGGGCCUGCCAUGGCGAAGAUGGACGAGCUCCGCAACGGUGGAGUUCAAGUGUCCCGACCCAUCGAUGGUCAGGACCAAGCGGCAGCCGUGCAGCCAGUCUCAUGA